GUUUUAAGUCUAUCUUCUUCCUCUCAAUUUCUCCUUGCAUAAUACAGAGUAGUACUAUCCGGAGCGUAGGCUGCGUAGUAGAUGAAGAGAGUCGUGGAAGCUGCUAAAAGCUUUGAGCCUUGAAUGUCAUCUUCCUUGGUCCGUUACAGGUGACUGUAAUGAUCUCAUGUUCGCUAUGGAGAAGAGGGGGCGAGCCGGCUAGUACCUCACCCCUUGGUUAUUGAAUGAUUUUCUUGAGACCGUUUAGCUUGUGGAUUAUCAAAUUUUCUUUUCAGGAUACCAGUUUACAUGGGAACGGUGGGGAGGCUCUGUAAAUUGGCUGGGUGAAGGAAAAAUUAGACGGGAUUUUGGUUUCAGGUGACUGUUUGGAUAUGUUUGGGGAGGCGGCGGCCGAUUCCCUAGAAGGUGCGCCCAAUGAUCAUUUGGCUCUUUUUAUUAGGUUGUGUCCGGCUAGAGGGGUUAAUCGCAAGAGGAGGUUGAAAUUUGAGAAACUCUGGCUUAGAGAGGAGGAUUUUCGAGAGGCGAUAGUUAGGAGCUGGAAUUUGGAUGGGCAGGGAGGAGUCGUCUCUCAACUGGAGAUCGACUUGUGGAAAGGAAGUUAGCUUUUGAGGUGGAAAAGAAGAUUGAAGAUUAUCUCAAUAGGAAGCUUUUGCGCCCGAUCCGAGUGGAGGUGGUCAGGGACGUAGUGCUAUCUAUGCAUCCAGAUAAAUCACCGGGGCUAGACGGGAUGAGUGUAGGUUUUACAGCCCUUAUGGGAUGUUAUUGGGCCAGAAGUAGUGGAGUUUUGUAUGAGUGCUUUUAAAUCCAUGUGUUUACUUGAAAAAAUAAAUAAUACUAAUAUUGUUCUAAUUCCCAAGGAGAGGCCGGAAGUGUUAGGCGAUUGGUGGCCGAUUUCAUUGUGUAAUGUCAUUUAUAAUUGUUUUGUUAAAGUGUUGCCUAACAGGAUAAAGGGUUUAUUGCAUGAAUGUAUUUGGGAGGGUCAAAGUGCUUUUGUUCAUAAUCGAUCCAUUAUUGAUAACAUUCUUAUUGCCUCUGAGUCUCACCAGUUUUUGAAAGAAAAGAUGCAAGACAAAAUGGGUUAUGUGGGCUAAAAGUUGGACAUGAGCAAGGCAUUCGAUAGGGUUGAAUGGGAUUUUUGGAAGCUAUGUUACUAUCACUGGGUUUUUCAGAUAGGUGGACACGAUUGGUGAUGGAAUGUGUCAGUUCUGUCUCCUAUAUGAUUCCCUUUGUUGACAUGGAUAUGGGACCCAUAACUUCAUCUAGGGGUUUGCAUCAAGAUGAUAAGACUUUUAUUCUUCGAGGCAUCGCAUGAUGAGGCUAAAGUAGUUCAUGAAGUCCUGAAUGUUUAUGAGCAAGCCUCGGGCCAGAUUUGCACAGGCUGUUUACCAACAACACAGAGGCUCAAGGAAUGACUGGUCGAUGUUCAAGAGAUCAGAAGUGCAUUUUGUGUGAAGCUGAAGACGAAUCUCUUCUUCAUCUCUUUGUUCAUUCUCCCGUUGCUAGAGAAAGUUGGAAAGGUGGUAGCUGGAAGUCGAUCGGGAUGGAUGCUAGCAAUUUUCAGGAGUGGCUUUAAAUUCGCUGGUUUACCAGUGGCACAAAGUGGAGGAAAUUACAGAGCUAAUGGUAGGAUGUUGGGCAUUGUGGAGUGAGAAGAAUAAAAGAGUAUGGCAAGGGAGAAGAUUGGCAGGGGAGUAGCAAGCUCAGUGUCUCUACGAGGGGUGGAAGCACGCACAAAGGAGCAAUCUCAUGUGUGGGGGAGUACAGAUGUUGGGUUGGCUGUGUGGAGGAAGCUGGAAUAAGAGAAAUAGAAAUUGAACACAGAUGCAGCAGUAAGAGGUGAAGUACGUGGUUUAGGGUAGGUAGUUCGCGACCCCGAUGAGGUCUUCAUUGGAGGUGUGGCGAAACCGUGGUAUGGAAAAUGUUCUCCUCUUGAAACAUAAUUAUUGUUUUGUACUCCCUCCGUCCCAGAAAAUUCUUCCAACUUUGAGUUGGAUCACAUAUUUAGGUAGUGAAAUAAAAUAGAAAUGUGUGGUUGUAGUUGUGUAAGAAAAAAGUGAAAUGAAUGUGAGCCACACAAAUAAUCAAAAAGGUGAAGUUGGAAGAAUUUUCUGGGACGUCCCAAAAAGGAAUGUUGGAAGAAUUUUAUGGGACGGAGGGAGUAUUAGAGAAGCCUUGAAUUAAUGUAAGAAAGAAAGAUGGAACUUCUUGGCUUUUGAAUCUAAUGCUUUGCAGCACUUAGUGAGCUAAAUAAGGGUGGUGAUGCUAGUACUUGUGGUCUUCGUGCGGAUGAUAUUAGAGAAAUUGGGACUGGUUUAACUUAUAUUUCUUUCUCCCAUGUCAGACAUCUAGGAUUCAUACUCUUCAUUUGUUGGCUGGGGCGGCCGAUGCUUUGUCUUAUUGUCUAGUUUGGUCGUAUUCCCCUCCUGGUUGUAUUUUUCUCGAC